UUGGAGCUCGCGGGAAACUCGUCUAGCUGGCUGGCGCACCGGUGGAAUUCCAGCAGCCAUGAGCCUCUGGGUGGACAAAUACCGGCCGUGCUACCUCCUCUGGCUGGACUAUCACAAGGAACAGGCGGCGCAGCUGAGCAACCUGAUGGUGAGUGUGCGUGUAACAGGUGAAUGGUGUCUGUUGAUAAUUUUAAACCAAAUUCCUCAAGAAAGCAUCCAGGAGCUACAAGGCCACAUUGUUUUCCCUGAAACAGAAGAGAGGGCUGAUUCUACAGGAAUCUUGACAUUCCAGGAUGUGGCAAUUGAUUUCUCUCCAGAUGAGUGGGACUGCCUCGACUUUGCACAAAGGGCUUUGUACAGGGAAGUCAUGUUGGAGAACUACAGUAACAUGGUCUCUGUGGGUAUUUCAGUGUCAAAACCAGAUCUGAUCAGCUCCCUUGAAGAAAGCAAAGAGCCCUGGAAUGUGACCACAGGAGAGAAAGAAGGCAAUGAAAAAGUUUUCUAUUUUCAUCAAGCACAAGACCUAUUUUCACAGGAGAAUAGACAAGAUCCUAUCCAGAAAUUGAUAUCAGGAAUAGCUCAUAACCAGAAAGAAGAGAAGCAUUAUAUAAGCAAUCAAAAUGAAGAAAGUCAAAACAACUAUAUGGAAUGUGGAAGGUGCUUAUACAGAUGUGUAUGCCUCACUAUGCAUAAGAGAAUUAAUCCCAAAGAGAAGGCAUACAAAUGUAAAGAUUGUGGCAAGUCAUUUAACCAUUAUGCAAAUCUUCAAGCUCACCAGAGAAUCCAUACUGGUGAGAAACCUUACACAUGUCAAGCAUGUCUCAAGUCCUUUACCCAGGUGUCAGACCUUCACAGACAUCACAGAAUCCAUACUGGUGAGAAACCUUACACAUGUCAAGAAUGUGGCAAGUCUUUUGCCCAUGUCUCAACACUGUAUAAUCAUCACAGAACCCAUACUGGUGAGAAACCUUUCAGAUGUCAAGAAUGUGGCAAAUCCUUUACCAGGGCCUCAACUCUUUAUACUCAUCGCAGAAUCCAUACGGGUGAGAAACCUUACACAUGUCAAGCAUGUGGCAAGUCCUUUACCCAGAUCUCAAAUCUUCACAGUCAUCAGAGAACCCAUACUGGUGAGAAACCUUACAGGUGUCAAGCAUGUGGCAAAUCUUUUGCCCAUGUCUCAACACUUCAUAAUCAUUACAGACUUCAUUCUUGUGAGUAACCUUGUAGAUGUCAAAAAUGUGACAAGUCCUUUACCCAGAUCUCAGCUCUUCAUACUUACCAUAGACUCCUUACUGGUGACAAACCUUACAUAUGUAAAGAAUGUGGUAAAUCCUUUAACACAAACUCAAGUCUUAGAAAGCAUAAAAAGAAAGUCAUGUGUGAUGUACAUUUCAUAAUUUUUUAAUAUAUCUCACAUUAAUUUGUUGUACAGAUUCUCAUACAUUAAUCAAGUUAUUGUAGAGACUCGCAUCAUUCAAUUAAUUUUCAAAGCUUAGUCAGUACAUAGACAGCUUUACAGUUCUUAUGAAUUUAGAAACAUUGUAUCCAGAUUUGAACUUCAUUGUCAUCAAGCAUUUGUUGUAAACAGAAUUUAUGCAUCACUGUUGUUAACAUACUAUUCAAGCAUUAACUAUUAUGAAUAAGUAAAUAUUUCUAGUAGGUGUAAAUUAAGCAAUAAGAUUUCUUGACUCUGUGUUAAGGUAAUGUGUUAAAAAACAUCCAGUGUCAUACUAUUUCAGAUUUUGAUGCAUCUUUAAUUUCCUGGCAUAUGCUUGCUUAUGUAAUGAGAUUAUAUCUAUAUAAGCAUUAUUUUCCUAUGAUUUUUGUGAUAUUAAAUAAGUAUCAGCUUGUUUAAAAUUCAGGUCUUCUCAUUCUGUGCAAUAAAACUGUUAAACAUUU